AUGGAUUCGAGCUCAGUGGUCAAAGGUCAAGAUGUCCUUGCAGGACUUGAUCGUUUCAAGCCUUUUCCGGACCUUCGCACCCACGCAGACGAUUGGACUGGUGUAACUUCAAGGCAAGAAAGGAAAAGAAGGCAAAAUAGACUCAAUCAGAGAGCGUGGCGGCGAAGAAAGGCUGCUCAAUGUACAUCAGAAGCACAAGAACUUGGUGCUGUCAAGACGACAUCUUGUAGCACUCCAGAAGACAAUGCGCUGCUGGUGGGAUAUGUUUCCUCGUCUCUGGUUGCUGGCGCACCGAACAUUGGCGACGGUAUCUUGCUGAUACCCAAUUCGUUCGAGGCAGAGAGACUCCGAAACUUGAUACGGCAGUCUCUUCAAGACUAUUCACUACAAACCCCACGGCCAUCCAACUUGCACAUGAUCAUCCGCCUGAAUGUCCUGAACGCCAUUGCCGACAACGCCACAGUCAUAGGGUUUCCUAAAGAAAGCUUGUGUCGAGAUGAGUUCAUAUCGCCCUUCUAUCAGAAUGGUCCAAUCCAAAUACCCUCGCCCAGCUGUCCAACGAAUCUUCAACCAACCCCUCUACAACGAUCAACAUCACAUCAUCCCUGGAUAGACUUGUUCCCUUUUCCGAAGUUCCGCGACAAUGUUCUUCAUGGUAUGCAGAAAGGCUUAUUUGAUGAUGAUGAACUGUGUGGUGAUCUAUUGGGAGUUGAAGGCGCAGGUGUUGGAGAGCAGCCGUCGCUUUUGGUGUGGACCGUUGCUUGGAAUUCUCGAGGCUGGGAAGUCAAUGCAGCGUUUGUUAAGAAAUGGGGGAGUCUGAUUAAAGAUUGUCCUGAGAUUAUGAAUUCGACGAAUUAUUGGCGGGCGAAAAGGGGACAAGCUGCUUUGACCUUUGAUGACAUGGAGACGAGCUCUCGUGCGAUGGGGAAAGGUACUGAUAGACCAAAUGCGGCAUAUUCUUAG